AUGAUCGGGUCCAACCUGAGCCUGAGCUGCGAGCCCUGUCCCGGUGGUGGUGGAGGGGGGGGAUCCGGCGGCACAGCGGGGGGCACCGUGCCCGGCACCGUGCCUCCGGCGUCCCUCAGCCCCACCGGACACCUGGUGGUCGCGGUGUGCCUCGGCUUCAUCGGCACGGUGGGCUUCCUCAGCAACCUGCUGGUGCUCACACUGUUCCUCCGCUACCGGGCUCUGCGCAGCCCCAUGAACCUGCUGCUGGUGAGCAUCUCCGCCAGCGACCUGCUGGUCAGCGGGCUGGGGACCCCCUUCAGCUUCGCGGCCAGCACCCAGGGUCGCUGGCUCAUCGGACGGGCCGGGUGCGUGUGGUACGGGUUCGUCAACGCGUGUCUGGGAAUCGUCUCCCUCAUCUCCCUCGCCGUUCUGUCCUACGAGCGCUACUGCACCAUGAUGGCGCCGACCAUGGCUGACGGGAGAGACUACCGCGCCGCGCUGGGAGGGAUCGCCUUCUCCUGGCUCUACUCGGUGGCCUGGACCGUGCCCCCGCUGCUGGGCUGGAGCAGAUACGGGCCUGAGGGUCCCGGGACCACCUGCUCGGUGGACUGGCGGACCCAGACGCCGAACAACAUCUCCUACAUCAUCUGCCUGUUCAUCUUCUGCCUGGUGGUGCCGUUCAUCGUCAUCCUGUACUCCUACGGCAAGCUGCUGCUCGCCAUCAGACAGGUCCGGAGCUCGGUGGUGGCCCGGCGCCGAGAGCAGCGGGUGCUGGUGAUGGUCGUCACCAUGGUGGUGGGCUACCUGGUCUGCUGGCUGCCGUACGGCGUGGCGGCUCUGACCGCCACCUUUGGGUCCCGUGACCUUUUGACCCCAGAGGCGACCAUAACGCCGUCGCUGCUCGCCAAGUUCUCCACCGUCAUCAACCCCUUCAUCUACAUCUUCAUGAACAAACAGUUCUACAGGUGUUUCAGGGCAUUCCUCCACUGCUCCGCCCCCGAGCGAGGCUCCAGCGUAAAGACUUUUUCCCGGGCGACCAAGACGCUCCGCACCCCCCGGCAGGAGAGGGACCCCCCGGUGUCCGCUCAGGCGCCCUCCACCGCCGCGCCCUCGCCCAACUCCAUCCGAGGGUCUUCGCAGGGGGCCAAUCACACGGCUCCAUCGAACCGAGACCCGGCUGUUUCCCGCCCCCCUGCUGCUGACAACCCCAAACCCAAACUGAUCCUGGUGGCUCACUACAGGGAAUGA